AUGAUUGUGGUCAGGAGAAAGCGGCUCUCCCUCGCCAUCUCAGACCUCCGGAGUUUCCCACCUGUACCACCCAAGAAGAAGAACCACUUCAGGGUGACAGGGCUGGCAAAGACAAGGCUGGCCUUGAACUUCAAGAGAUCUGACUGCCAGUCAAGAUGGUGCAGAAAGCGAAGAAGGAAGUCCUGCCCCUCCAAAGUCAAAGCUAAAGCAAAGGCCUUGAAAGCCAAGAAGGCAGUGCUGAAAGGCAUCCACAGCCACAAAAAGAAGAAGAUCCGCACAUCGCCCACCUUUCGGAGGCCCAAGACCCUGCGGCUACGAAGGCAGCCUAAAUACCCCCGGAAGAGCGCGCCCAGGAGGAACAAGCUUGACCAGUAUGCCAUCAUCAAAUUCCCCCUGACCACCAAGUCAGCCAGGAAGAAGAUAGAAGACAACAACACACUUGUGUUCAUUGUGGACGUCAAGACAAACAAGCACCAGAUCAAACAGGCUGUAAAGAAACUCUAUGACAUCGAUGUGGCCAAAGUCAACACCCUCAUAAGGCCUGAUGGAGAGAAGAAGGUGUAUGUUCAGUUGGCUCCUGAUUAUGAUGCUCUGGAUGUUGCCAACAAAAUUGGAAUCAUCUAA